AUGGCGGAUAAUGAGAGUAGCAAGUGCGAUGAUGAAUGCGAAGUUCAGCAUUUGAUACGUUUCGACCAAAGCAAAAUUCAUAAUACAACAGAAGAAACUGUUAAAUCUACCCCAAGUGAUCAUCAGGAAAGAAGCAAUAGUCCAUUAGAAGGAACGAAAAGAAAUCGAUGUCGAUUUUCGAUCUCGGAUAUAUUGAGCGACAAGCAUUCAACAAGUCGUACCAACACGAGAGUAGCCCCAAAAGCCGAUAUCACAACUCCUACUACGGGAAAGGAAAUUGUCUCCAUUUCUCUUCCUGCAGUAACGAACAUUAAUGAUGAAGCAUCACCAUACAUCAAUUCUCAGUUACCACGAUAUCUUCAUGCCGGUGUCUUACAACAGUCAGCACAUAAUUCAUGGCUUCAACCUUGGUUGUCAACAAUUCGCUCCUCAAUUGCUCAAGAACAGAAUUUGGUCCAUAGUAAUGAUAAAAGACAAGUAGAAAGAGUUCAUGGAAUAAUCAGGAGGGAACCAGAACAUAUUUCGUGUCAUGUGAGUACUGAACGAAAUAGGUCGGUACUUCACAAAGGACACGGUAACUCUACUCAUUCGGAUAAUUUUUGGGUUGAUUUCAUUACAACAUGA